AUGAAGCCAACAAGCAGCAUCCUUCUGGCUACUGCAGCUUUGAGUACUGCUCAGGUCAUCCAAAAUGGUAACGGCACCUACACUUGCGCUCUUGCAUCGGGUGCAUACUGUGUGUCGUCCUCUCUCGAGAGCAACAUGAUUAUUCGCUGCACCAAUGGUAUUGGCUAUGCCAGCAACUGCGAUGACCGUCUUGCAGACAAAGCUCCUCUGGGCUCAUCCUACUCGCCUUGCUGGCAGGCAUCUCCUCGUUCGGGCAACGCACAAUGCUCCAAGAACGGUAUCAUCUAUCCAGAUGGCAACAACACAACACCCUAUCCAGUGCCGAACUAUCAGACCAUCAGCGCCAGUAUCUCUAGCGCUGCCACAGCGACCACUGAGGCAACCAAGUGGCCAUACGUUGCCAAUUUCACCACAAUCACGACUACCUCUACAUCAACGAACACACACACUACGACUGUCUACAUUUCAGGCGUUCCCGAGGCUGCGUAUGCAAAUUAUACAGGCUACGGCAAUGCAACUCUGGAUGGAAACCUCGCACUCGCGACUGCUGCCACUUCAACCUCAUCAUCAGCACCAUACCUGCCAUACUUCCCAGCAGUCGUCCUGCCCACUUCUACGCAGUAUACUACAGACAUGGUCUACAGCUACACGACUAUCUGUCCAGCUGGCGCGACAGUCACCGAUUCUGCAGGCUCAGAAGCUGUUUUGGCGACUCCAUCAACCAUUACUUUGACAACCACGAGUCGCAGCAAAAUCACUGCUACUGCAGUUGUUUCGCUAAACUCACCUAUCUUUGCAUUCGAUAUUUCCAGUACUUCCACAACAACUGAGUACGCGCCUGUUGUGACCGCCAUCGCUGCUGCUCCGUACUCCUGGAGCAAUGAGACAUGGAGUAAUGCCACUACUCUGACUGUUGUCGGCACUGCUGCACCUGUACCUGUGGCAUCUUCCUCUUCCUACCGUCCAGUAUGGAAUCAAACUAUGGUCCCAUACACAGGAGCUGCAGGCAAGACUGGUGUUUCGUUCGCGGUAGCUUUGCUUGCUUUAGUGGCAUUGGUCUAG